AGUAGCUUCGUAGCUUCCUCGGAGUUUGCGUUAAAUGGCGGGGCCACAUGGGGGGCAUCGCCGGCGAGAUUCACAACGGUGACGCACCCUGAGUGGACGGCUUCAAUUUCUGUACCCUUCCCCAACUGCCUAUGGCUGGAGCCGAAGCUUUAAGUCCGGCAAAUGCUUCUGUUGACGCAAUUGAGAUCUCAGCUAUAAAGAUACAAUAGUCGUGCCCCUCAAUCUCUCCUUCUUCACCAAACAUUUUCUAGACACCACGAAGCUCUGAAGAAUUCCACACGAACGCAACGCAAGUCAAGAUGGAAUACGGAAAUCUCGGGAAGAGCGGCCUCAAGGUCUCCAAGGUCAUCCUCGGCGCUAUGAGCUAUGGCAGCAGUGAGUGGCAGGAAUGGGUGCUGAACGAAGACAAAGCCCUGCCUCUCCUCGAGCACGCCUACAAAGUCGGAAUCAACACCUGGGACACUGCCGACGUCUACUCCAACGGCAGAUCCGAAGAAAUCAUCGGCAAGGCCCUCAAGAAAUACAACAUCCCCCGCAGCAAAGUCGUUAUCCUCUCGAAAUGCUACUUCGGCGUCGCCCAGGACGGUAGCCAGCCGACCAUCGCAGCGGUGUCGACGAACGACGGCGGCUAUGUCAACCAGGUUGGCUUGUCGCGGAAGCACAUCUUCGAGGCUGUGGAUGCGAGCGUGGCGCGGCUGGGCACAUAUAUCGAUGUGCUGCAGAUCCACCGGCUGGAUCGGGAUACACCAAAGGAGGAGAUCAUGAAGGCGUUGAACGAUGUGAUCGAGAGCGGGAAGGUCAGGUACAUUGGUGCUUCAUCGAUGGCCGCCUGGGAGUUCCAAAUGCUGCAAAACAUCGCCGACAAGCACGGCUGGCACAAGUUCAUCAGCAUGCAGAACUACUACAACCUCAUCUACCGCGAAGAAGAGCGUGAGAUGAUCCCGUACUGCAACGCGACGGGCGUCGGCCUGAUCCCCUGGUCCCCCAUCGCCCGCGGCGCCCUCACCCGCCCCUGGGGGGGCGAGUCCACCGUCCGCGAAAAGAGCGACAAGUUCCUGCAUAUGCUGGUGUACCAGCGCGAGAACGAGGUCGACAAGGCCAUCGUCGGGCGCGUCGAGGAGGUUGCGAAGAAGAGGGGCGUGAGCAUGGCGACGAUUGCGACGGCGUGGUGUAUCAAGAAGGGGGUGAGGCCGAUUAUUGGGCUCAGCUCGAUUGAGAGGAUCGAUCAGGCGGUGGAGAAUGCGAAGUAUGAUCUGAGUGAGGAGGAUGUUAAGUAUCUGGAGGAGCCGUACUUGCCGAAGGAGAAGCAGGGGUAUUAGGGUGUGGUAGGGGGUAGGGGAUGAGGUUGAAAGCGGAAGGGGAGUGUGAUGGCAUAGAUAGGUUCGUAGGAAAAUCGAACAACCCUGCCACCAAAUCACAACAUGAGGGAAAGUUGCUGUCACGUACGGAGAUGGGACAGCCAAAUCAUGAAGGCGGAUGAAGGUAUAUUAUAUCAUGAGAACCAAGCUGAUAACCAUGAAACCUAGACGCCAGACGCCCAGAAAACA